AUGGUAGAGAAUAAUAAUUACAAUUCCAAUGGAAAUUAAAUGAAUCUCAAAGUAAUCUUAGUUCAUUACCCAGGUGCCCCCAUUCAGCUUUCUUUUGAUAAAUCAUCAACUGUCAAAUAGUUAAAAGACUAUUUGUUAAGGGAUAAAUGGCCAUAGAAUUAUACAGAUGUGCAAACCAUCGAAAAGCUGAGGUUUUUCUAUUAAGGAAAAGAACUCUAGGAUAGCUCGUUCCUAAGUCUGGUAGGCUUUAUCACGGAAACGAAAAAUGAGGAGGGUAUUGUCGAGAAAUUAGUUCCAGGAAUAUUAGUGCAUACUGUAAAGAAAAAUUAGGGUGCAAGUCAAUAGUCACCUAAUAAGGAGAUGCAAUCAUAGUAGAAAUCAAAAUAAAGGAAUCCAGAAAAUACUGAAAACUCUAGCUGCAAUUGUAGGAUAUUUUGA